CAGCCCCACCUGGACAUGAAGCCAUUCCUGCAGUUUCCCAUGGAGACCGCCCCACCACCACACAGCAUGGGCCUCUUCCACAACUUUAACACAAUGGACCCGGUGCAGAAGGCGGUGAUCAAUCACACCUUUGGAGUUCCACUGGUUAAAACUAAGCGACCAGUCAUCUCCUGUAACGUCUGCCAAAUCCGCUUCAACUCCGAGAGUCAGGCAGAAGCCCACUACAAAGGCAACCGCCAUGCCAGGAGAGUGAAAGGCAUCGAGACCUCUAAGAGCCGCCCUCAGGAGGGGGAAAAACCUCCAACUGUCCCCACGACAUCCUCCCCUUCUCCACCAGGAGCCCCUGUCCCUGCCUCUGACAGCGACCCUAGCAAACCAGGUAAGAGAUCCACGUCUGAAGCCCCUCCACGCUCGUUAAACGGGCCCCUGCUGGCCCCCGGGCCACUUCCUCCACUCACAACCCCACCGACUCCACCCAUGGACUCCCCCGUGCCCUCGGUGUGCAACCUGCUGCCCACCCCCACACCUCCCCUGAUACCUCCAUCCUCCUCCUCCUCCCUAGGCUGUGGCAGUGGCAGCACCAACCCAGAGCAGCCUGGCUCAGGGCCCCCAGGCUCUGGAGCGCCCGGGGCCUCAGCUGCCAACAGCCCUUCUAACCCAGAGACAGAGGAGGACAAGGCCAAGAAGCUGCUGUACUGCGCACUGUGUAAGGUGGCCGUCAAUUCCCUGUCACAGCUGGAGGCUCACAACAAAGGUACUAAACACAAAACCAUUCUGGAAGCACGGAGCGGGCUGGGACCCAUCAAGGCGUACCCUCGCCUGGGCCCCAAGCCCAUUGGAGAGCAGGGAGGGGGGCCGGUGGACCCCAAUACUCAGGAACGCACCUUCCACUGUGAGAUCUGCAACGUGCGGGUCAACUCUGAACUGCAGCUCAAACAGCACAUAUCAAGUCGAAGGCACCGGGAUGGUGUGGCAGGCAAACCCAACCCUCUCCUCAGCCGACACAAGAAGCACAGGGGAGCUGACCUCACGUCUUCUCUGACCUUCUCUAAGGAUCUCACCAAAGCUUUGGGUGCAGGGCUUUUGCCCAGCCCCUUGGCUGUUGCUGCAGCAAUGGCCGCUGCAGCUUCCUCCAACCCGUUGGCUCUCCGUGCCGCAGCUCCCGCCCACCACCCACAUCACCAUCUACUGCAAGGCCCGCCACUCAGCCACGCCAUCUUGAGACCCGCUCCCGGGCCCAUCCGCACCACCCACGGGCCAAUCCUGUUCUCCCCUUACUGA